AUGAACAUUGAACAUUUAUUAAACAAGGAAAUUUCAAUUUACUUGUCAUCUUCUGAAUCAGCAACAACCUCUACUAUUAGAAAUGAUUAUAAUAAUAAUGUUUCUACUAUGAGUAUAAAUUCCUCAAAUGACAACAAUGAAAGCAAAUCCGCUGAUGAAAUUAAGAGUAAAGCAGUUACAACAGAAGAAGUUAAAGUCAAACCAGUUGAAUCACAAAAAAACCUUGAACUGAAUGAUAGUUCAAUAGUGAAAUUAAAAACUUACCAAUUCAAAUCAAAUCAAAAUAAUUUGUCACUUUAUAAAAAUAUUCAAGAACAUAAUGUUUCAACCACCUCUAUCAAUAAUAAAUUUGGUAAUUUUAACACUACUGAUAUCAACACUAUUGCUCAUGAAAUUUCAAUUUACUUGUCAUCUUCUGAAUCAGCAACAACCUCUACUAUUAGAAAUGAUUAUAAUAAUAAUGUUUCUACUAUGAGUAUAAAUUCCUCAAAUGACAACAAUGAAAGCAAAUCCGCUGAUGAAAUUAAGAGUAAAGCAGUUACAACAGAAGAAGUUAAAGUCAAACCAGUUGAAUCACAAAAAAACCUUGAACUGAAUGAUAGUUCAAUAGUGAAAUUAAAAACUUACCAAUUCAAAUCAAAUCAAAAUAAUUUGUCACUUUAUAAAAAUAUUCAAGAACAUAAUGUUUCAACCACCUCUAUCAAUAAUAAAUUUGGUAAUUUUAACACUACUGAUAUCAACACUAUUGCUCAUGUGAAUGCUUUUAAUCUUGAAUCUAAUACUGCUGCUGCCAAAACAACUCCAAUCACUACUACUGAUGAUAAAUCUAAUACAGCAUAUACUGUAAUUAAUGCAAAUAAUCAAAUAGACGAUAAUUCAAAUAGAAUUAGAAUAAGAAUCACAUCAAGAAAUGAUUUAAAUAAUGUGUCAUCAUCAACGCCUAAUAUUAAUAUUCAAAAAACAUCAACUUCAUCAGCAUCACAAUCUAAAAACACUCCAUCAAAAGCGACAUCAACUUCAUUAUCAAAAGUCGUGGCAUCACCAAUUUCAUUACCCAAAAUCACUACAUCUAAAACAUCAACUUUUUCAUCAUUCAAUACUUCUACAUCUAAAUCAUCUGCAACUUCAUCGUCCAAAUCUAUUACACCUAAAGCAUCUCCAAUUUCAUCAUCUAAUAAAAUAGCACCAAUCCCAUUCAAUAUGACAACUAAUAAAUUUGAUUAUAAUGAUAUUAAUGAUAAUAGUACAGCCAAGCAUAGUCAAGCAGAUUAUGGAUCAACUGCACCAUAUGAACCAAUUGAAAACACUAAUGUUAGACAACAACAACAAAAGACUAAAACUACUGCUGUUUCUGGCACAGCAAAAAAAGCUCAAACCAAUCGUAAUAAAUCACAAAAUCAAACUACAAGAUCAAAUAAAAUUCAGGAAAAAUCUGAAACUAAAAAAAUAACCGAACAUAAUGCUCCAGACACUUCUGAUUCAUCAACUACUCUUGAUAGUAUGGAUAUAGUGAAUUCAAAUGACUCUGCUACAGGUUCUUCAUCAGAGUCUGAUAGUGAUAAUGAUAGUCUUGAAGAACAGAUUAAACAAAAAAUAACAAUUGAUUAUAUGGUUGAAUUGCGUCAACGUACCAGAAAUAUUAUUUCUGAAUAUGAUAAAUGUCAAAAAAUAAAAAUAGAUAAAUUCCGUGAACUAUACACAGCAAGACUUAACAAUAGAAAGAAUAAAAAAGAUACUAUACAUAGAACUAAAACUAAAAGAGGCAUUCAAAAAACUAAGGGUAAAAUUGAAAAGAAAAAAGCAACACGUAAACUAAAAGUUGAAUCAAAUGAUUUUACUAUGGAGGUUGAGGAAAAGGAUAAGGAACAAAGACGAACUAAGCAAAAAGAAAAAUUUGAACUAGCUGAAAGACGUAGAAUUUGGAAAGAUAUAGCUCGUAAUGCGAUUCCAAAGGUUCACAAAAUUGUUCAACAAUCUAUCAAUUCAAGGAUUAGUAAUUGCAGAAAAAUUGCCAAUUGUGUAAAAAGAGAAGCAAUAAAAGGAGUUCAAAAGUCCUCAAAAUCUCAAAAAGAUAUUCAAUCUAAAUGCAGACAAGCUAUGAGACAGUCAUUAGGUUUUUGGAGGAAAAAUGAAAAAGAAGAACGUGAAUGUCGUAAGAAGGCUGAAAAAGAAGCUAUGGAAAAAUUGCGUGUUGAAGAAGAAAUGCGAGAAGCCAGAAGACAAGCACGUAAACUUAAUUUCCUUAUAACUCAAACUGAAUUAUACAGUCAUUUUGUUGGUAAAAAGAUAGGAACACAUAUAGCAGAAGAAACAACUGAAACAACAUCAGCAUCUUCUGGAACUAUUGAAUCAGCAUCUUCUUCAUCAAUUGCUAUUACAACUAAUCUAACAAUUGGUGAUAUUGAUCUUAAUGCUACUAAUGAUCAACUAGUUGAGUCUUUCAAAGAUAUUAAUUUUGAUAACGAGGAUGAGUCUUCGUUGAAAAUGAAGGCACUUGCAAGUGCACAAAAUGCACUUGCUCAAGUUAAACAACAUACACAAAACUUUGAUAACAAUAGAAUAACGAACAGAUCUACCGAUAUGACUGUAUCAAAUGCUGAUCUUGAUAACAUGAAUUUCCAAAAUCCUUCUAGUAUGCCAUCAAUGGCUGAAAUUAAACAACCAAAUUUACUCCAGAAUUCAGAAUCACAAAACAUAUGGGGUCCAUUUGUAGUUGUAGCCCCUUCAUCAACUCUUCAUAACUGGGAACAAGAAAUCGCUAGAUUUGUUCCUGAUUUUAAAAUCUUACCGUAUUGGGGGAAAUCUGAUACUCGUAAAGUGUUAAGAAAAACAUUGAACAAGAGAAACAUCAUUUUUAACAAAGACGCUUCUUUCCAUGUUGUCAUCACUAGUUAUCAACUGGUUGUACAAGACAAGUCUUAUUUCGAAAAAACAAAAUGGCAAUACAUGAUUUUAGAUGAGGCACAAGCUAUUAAAAGCAGCUCGAGUGCUCGUUGGAAAACAUUGCUUGGUUUUCAAUGCAGAAACCGUCUUUUAUUAACUGGUACGCCAAUACAAAAUAGCAUGCAAGAAUUAUGGGCUUUGUUGCAUUUCAUCAUGCCAACUCUUUUUGAUUCUCAUCAAGAAUUCAGUGAAUGGUUUUCUAAAGAUAUUGAAAGUCAUGCUGAAAACAAAGGGUCAUUGAAUGAGUUUCAACUCAAAAGACUACACAUGAUUUUAAAACCAUUCAUGUUACGCCGUGUUAAGAAAACUGUUCAAAAUGAACUUGGUGAAAAGAUUGAGAAAGACGUUUUUUGUACUUUAACUGCUAGACAAAGAAUGUUAUAUCGUGGUUUAAGGGAAAAAAUUUCAAUAUCCGAGUUGUUGGAACAUGCAGUCACUUUAUCUGAAAAUGAUACUAGUGUUGACAGUGAUAAACUAUACCUACCAUAUUCAACAAAAAAUUUGAUAACAUAUCGACUUCCAAAACUGGUUUAUCGCGGUGGUGCAAUGUUGGAUGUUCCUGGUAAAAAUUCAAAUGCUGGAUUCCGUAAAUACGUUCUUGAUCACUUGAUGAAUAUCUGGUCACCUGGUCAUAUCCACGAAUCAAGUAAUGAUGAUGAUGCUUUUGGAUUUUUAAGAUUUAUUGAUAAAAGUCCUUCAGAGGCAUCUUCUAUUUACUUUAGUAACACUAUUGAAAAAUGGUUGAUUCAUCUUUUAAAUUAUAAAAAAAAUGCAUAUAGAAUGGCGUACUUGACCAAUGAAAAUUUUAAAAGUUAUCCAACUGUUCAUAAUGCAAGAUUUUUGAUUAAUGAAACUUCUACUCUCUCAUCGGCAAAUGUUGAGGAUUCUGAUAUUUUAACUGCAUUAACAACCAUAUUUGAACGUAUUACAAAAUAUGAAAUUCAAUUCCAAGAUCCAAGCUACAUGCCAAAAGUUAUUGCACCUCCUAUUCAAAUAGUUUGUCACGAUAAGUGUUUUUAUAAUGAUCAAGAACGCAUCUUUUUUGAACCAGCAAUCAGAACAUCACUUACUGGUAUUAUCAAGUUAUUACCUGGAAAAGAAAGAAAAAUCAAUCUUGUUGGACAAUAUUUAGAACAAACAGGUAGUCAAGGUAUUUAUGGCCAAACAUACUUUAAAAGUCAAGGUAUCUCUUACAUGCAAAUCCCAGCUAUGAAAAGGCUUAUUAUGGAUUCUGGAAAAUUGGCAACUCUUGACAAACUUUUGGAAGAGUUGAAGGCAGGUGGACAUCGUGUAUUAAUCUAUUUCCAGAUGACUCGUAUGAUUGACUUGAUGGAAGAAUAUUUGGCUUACCGUCAAUACAAAUAUUUGAGGCUUGAUGGAUCUUCCAAAAUUUCUGACCGUCGUGAUAUGGUAGAAGAUUGGCAAUCAAGAUCUGAUAUAUUUAUCUUUUUAUUGAGUACUCGAGCAGGUGGGUUGGGUAUUAAUUUAACUGCCGCCGAUACCGUAAUUUUCUAUGACAGUGAUUGGAAUCCUACUGUUGAUCAACAGGCUAUGGAUCGCGCACAUCGUCUUGGUCAAACUAAACAAGUAACUGUUUACAGGCUCAUUACAAAAGGCACAAUCGAAGAAAGAAUUUUGCAACGUGCAAAACAAAAGGAUGAGAUCCAACGGGUUGUUAUUUCUGGUGGUGAAUUUAAACAAGUUGAUUUCAAGCCUCGCGAAAUCGUUUCUCUGCUUCUUGACGAUGAUGAACUCGAAGCUAAACUUCGUGAACAACAAUUAAAGCGAAAGGCUGAUAAUACCGCAACCACCACAACUACCAAAAAAGGGCGCAUAUCAAAACGUCCUAAGAAAAAAUCAGAUUCGGAAUCACAAGAGGUAGUGCAACCACAACCUUCAAAAAAGAAACCAGUAACAGAAGAGGAAAAAGAGGAUGUCACGACAAAGAUACGGCGUACAACUAGAAGCAGUUCAAAAAAAUAA